AUCCCGGAAGCUCGUCUGCCUGUUGUAGCACGGCUAGUCAGGCUGCUGCUGGGGGGGAGGAAAGCCCUGGCUGUGAUGCCGCUGGAUGAUGGCUGCUUUCGGGAUCUUAAGUUACGAACACCGGCCUUUAAAGCGGCUCCGCCUCGGCCCUCCGGACGUAUAUCCCCAGGAUCCAAAGCAAAAAGAGGAUGAGUUGACUGCUCUGAAUGUAAAGCAAGGAUUUAACAACCAGCCUGCUGUGUCUGGUGAUGAACAUGGCAGUGCCAGAAAUGUCAACUUCAAUCCCUCAAAGAUCAGCUCAAACUUCAGCAGCAUCAUUGCAGAGAAGCUGCGCUGCAACACGUUUGCAGAUACGGGGAAGCGCAAACCGCUGGUCAACCAGAAGGAUAAUUUCUGGCUCGUCACAGCGAGGUCGCAGAGCUCCAUCAACAACUGGUUUACAGAUUUAGCUGGAACUAAACCGCUCACACAGCUGGCUAAAAAGGUACCAAUCUUUAGCAAAAAGGAGGAGGUUUUUGGAUUCUUGGCUAAGUACUCUGUCCCUGUCAUGCGUUCGGCAUGGAUGAUCAAGAUGACCUGUGCAUAUCAUGCAGCUAUCACAGAAAAUAAAGUCAAGAAGAGGCAUGUGAUCGAUCCUUGUAUUGAAUGGACCCAGAUCAUUACUAAAUAUCUGUUGGAGCAGCUUCAGAAGAUUGCAGAGUUUUACCGACAGUUUCCUAGUCAGGGCUGCAGCUCCCCUCUUCCAGCCAUGCCUGCAGACGUGGAGGCGGCCAUGAAGCAGUGGGAGUACAACGAGAAGCUCGCCAUGUUUAUGUUUCAGGAUGGUAUGUUGGACAGGCAUGAGUUCCUGACUUGGGUGCUGGAGUGUUUCGAGAAGGUUCGUCCAGGUGAAGACGAGCUUCUCAGACUUCUCCUGCCCCUCUUACUACAGUACUCAGGAGAAUUUGUACAGUCUGCUUAUUUAUCACGAAGACUGGCUUACUUCUGCACACGCCGCCUCAACCUGUUGCUAAGCGACGGGAGCCUGUGCCCUGGUGCAGGGGGUCACGCGGCGCACGGCAUCCUCACGCAGCAAGGCAAUGCACUGCCCUCCACCCCGACCUCGCAGCCUGCUGGAGGGAACCAAUCCCAGACGCCUUUCACAGAUUUCUACGUUUGCCCACAGCACAGGCCUCUGGUUUUUGGCCUCAGCUGCAUGUUACAGAGUAUAGUUCUGUGCUGCCCCAGUGCUUUGGUGUGGCAUUACUCAUUAACAGACAGCAGAAAUAAGACUGGAUCACCCCUGGACCUCCUGCCCAUCGCCCCCUCCAGUCUGCCAAUGCCAGGAGGCAACACUGUCUUCACACAACAGGUUCGUGCAAAGCUGCGAGAAAUCGAAGAGCAAGUUAAGGAGCGAGGCCAGGCCGUGGAGUUCAGGUGGUCGUUUGAUAAGUGCCAGGAGACCACUGCAGGGUUUACUAUUGGGAGGGUUCUCCACACCCUGGAGGUUUUGGACAACCACAGCUUUGAGAAAUCGGACUUUAACAACUCCCUGGAUUCGCUGUACAACAAGAUAUUUGGUUCUGGCCAGAGUAAGGAUGGCCACGAGAUGUCGCCCGAUGACGACGCAGUGGUGACCUUGCUGUGUGAAUGGGCGGUGUGCUGUAAGCGCUCGGGCAGACACAGGGCCAUGGUGGUGGCCAAGCUGCUGGAGAAGCGACAGGCUGAGAUCGAAGCCGAGAGGUGUGGUGAGUCAGAGGUGGUGGAUGAGAAAGGCUCUGUGUCGUCUGGCUCCCUCUCAGCUGCCACCCUCCCAGUCUUUCAGGAUGUUCUGCUGCAGUUCCUUGAUACGCAGGCCCCCACGCUUACAGAGCCAGGGAAUGAAAGCGAGCGAGUGGAGUUCUCAAACCUGGUCCUUCUUUUCUGUGAGCUCAUCCGACACGACGUCUUCUCCCACAAUAUCUACAUGUGCACGCUGAUUUCCCGCGGUGACCUGGCUUCUGACUCCCACCUGCCGCGUCCGCGUUCCCCCAGCGACGAGACCUCUGAUGAGUCAGAGCGCAAAGAGCAGGAUGCAGGCAGCAGUGUCAAGAUGGAGGAUACCGGUCUGUCUGAGUCCAUGGAAAUUGAUCACAACUCCAGUGCAAACUUUGAUGAGAUGUUCUCUCCUCCAAUGCAUUGUGAGUCCAAGGGGAGCCCAUCCCCGGAGAAGCCUGCUCAGGAGCAGGACGGUAAGAGCACCUGUAAGGACAAAGGCAUGGACCCCGCCUUCCCUCAACUGUACGAGCAACCCCGGCAUAUUCAGUACGCCACACACUUCCCUAUUCCACAGGAGGAAAGUGCCAGUCAUGAAUGCAACCAGCGUUUAGUCGUCCUCUACGGUGUUGGCAAACUGAGAGAUGAGGCGCGACACACCAUCAAGAAAAUUACCAAAGACAUCUUGAAGGUGCUCAACCGCAAAAGCACAGCAGAAACAGGUGGGGAGGAAGGACAGAAGAGGAAGAGGAGUAAGCCUGAAGCCUUUCCAACUGCAGAAGACAUCUUUUCCAAAUUCCAACACCUCUCCCACUUUGACCAGCAUCAGGUCACCUCCCAGGUGUCCAGAAACGUUCUGGAGCAGAUCACCAGCUUUGCCUUGGGGAUGUCCUAUCACCUGCCCCUUGUCCAGCACAUCCAGUUCAUCUUUGACCUCAUGGAGUACUCUCUCAACAUCAGUGGCCUCAUAGACUUUGCUAUUCAGCUUCUCAACGAGCUGAGCCUGGUGGAAGCCGAGCUGCUGCUGAAGUCCUCCAGCCUGGUGGGCAGCUACACCACCAGUCUGUGCCUGUGUAUCGUAGCUGUCCUGAGAAGAUACCAUUCCUGUCUCAUCCUCAACCCUGAGCAGACUGCACAGGUUUUUGAUGGGCUGCGGAUCGUGGUGAAGUCUGGCGUGAACCCAGCAGACUGCUCCUCUGCAGAACGCUGCAUCUUGGCCUACUUGUACGACCUCUACACCUCCUGCAGUCACCUCAAGAACAAAUUUGGAGAGAUCUUCAGCGAGUUCUGCUCCAAGGUGAAAAACUCCAUCUACUGCAACAUUGACCCGUCAGAUUCCAACAUGCUGUGGGAUCCUGUGUUCAUGAUGGAUACCAUCAGCAAUCCCUCAGCCAACAACAACCACUCCAUGGUGGGCAAAAUCCUCAACGAUAGCCCAGCUAACCGCUACAGCUUCGUAUGUAAUGUGCUCAUGGAGGUUUGUGUGGACCACGGAGACCCGGAGAGGGUGAACGAUAUUGGGAUCCUGUGUGCAGAGCUGACAGCAUAUUGUCGCUCUCUGAGCGCAGAGUGGCUCGGCAUUCUUAAAGCUCUUUGCUGCUCCUCUAACAACGGCAACUGUGGCUUCAACGAUUUGCUUUGUAAUGUUGACGUUAGCGAUUUGUCCUUCCAUGAUUCCCUGGCAACCUUUGUGGCUAUUCUCAUUGCGCGACAGUGUUUACUCUUAGAGGACUUGGUCCGUUGUGUGGCCAUCCCCUCCCUCCUCAAUGCAGCCUGCAGUGAGCAAGACUCUGAGCCAGGAGCACGACUCACCUGCAGGAUCCUAUUGCAUCUGUUUAAGACGCCACAACGUAACCCUGUCCCCCAAGAUGGGGUCAAGUCAGACAAAUCCUCAGUUGGUAUCCGGUCAUCCUGUGAUCGUCAUCUUCUUGCUGCUUCGCAGAACAGCAUCGUUGUUGGGGCAGUUUUUGCUGUCCUUAAAGCUGUAUUUAUGCUGGGUGACGCAGAGCUGAGAGGUUCGGGUCUGUCACAUCCUGCUGGCCUUGAUGACAUAUCUGAUGGACGCAAUGUCUCCAUAGAAACGGCCAGCCUGGAUGUGUACGCAAAGUAUGUCCUCAAGACCAUCUGCCAACAGGAAUGGGUCGGAGAACGCUGCCUGAAGUCUCUCUCUGAGGACAGCAGUGCCCUCCAGGACCCGGUGCUGGUAAACAUUCAAGCCCAGCGGCUGCUGCAGCUCAUCUGCUAUCCUCACCGCCAGCUGGACAGCGACGACGGUGACAACCCUCAGAGGCAGCGCAUCAAACGCAUCCUUCAGAAUAUGGACCAAUGGACAAUGAGACAGUCAUCUCUGGAGUUGCAGCUGAUGAUUAAACAGAGCACAAAUAAUGAGCUUUACUCUCUCCUGGAGAACAUAGCAAAGGCAACAAUUGAGGUUUUCCAGAAAUCAGCAGAGAUGAACUCCAGUAACCCCUCAGGAAAUGGAGCUGCAGUCCAAGGCGGCUCUGCAUCCAAUAGCAACAACACCACAAGCAAGAUAAAGCCUAUUUUAAGCUCAUCAGAAAGAUCAGGCGUUUGGCUGGUCGCCCCAUUGAUAGCCAAGCUGCCCACAUCAGUUCAGGGUCAUGUGCUGAAGGCAGCCGGGGAGGAGCUGGAGAAAGGCCAGCACCUCGGCUCCUCCUCACGCAAAGAGCGAGACCGGCAGAAACAGAAAAGCAUGUCUCUGCUGAGCCAGCAGCCUUUCCUGUCUUUGGUCCUCACCUGCUUGAAGGGGCAGGACGAGCAAAGGGAAGGCCUUCUCACCUCCCUGUACAGCCAGGUUCAGCAGAUCGUCACCAACUGGAGAGAAGACCAGUACCAGGAUGACUGCAAGGCCAAGCAAAUGAUGCACGAGGCUCUUAAACUACGGCUAAAUCUCGUUGGGGGCAUGUUUGACACGGUGCAGCGGAGCACCCAGCAGACCACCGAGUGGGCAGUUCUGCUGCUCGACAUCAUCAGCAGCGGCACCGUGGACAUGCAGUCCAAUAAUGAGCUCUUCACGACUGUGCUGGACAUGUUGAGCGUGCUGAUAAACGGUACGCUGGCUGCUGACAUGUCCAGUAUCUCUCAAGGCAGCAUGGAGGAAAAUAAGAGGGCGUACAUGAACCUGGUUAAGAAGCUCAGGAAAGAGCUUGGAGACCGGCAGUCAGAAAGUUUGGAAAAGGUUCGCCAGCUUCUGCCGUUGCCAAAGCAAACCCGCGACGUCAUCACCUGUGAGCCUCAGGGCUCGCUAAUAGACACGAAGGGCAACAAGAUCGCAGGGUUUGAGAAAGAGGGUCUUCAAGUCUCAACCAAACAGAAGAUCUCUCCAUGGGACGUCUUCGAGGGUCUGAAACACUCCGCCCCACUUUCCUGGGGCUGGUUUGGAACUGUGCGCGUGGACCGCAAAAUAGCCAAGUUUGAAGAGCAGCAGCGUUUUCUGCUCUACCACACCCACCUAAAGCCCAAACCACGCAGCUACUACCUGGAGCCGCUCCCCUUGCCCCCUGAGGAGGAGGAGCCUCUGACACCCAUCUCGCAGGAGCCGGAGAAGAAGAUGAUGGAGGUGGUGAAAACCGAUAAGAACGUGGCAGCUGUUCCCCCGGAGUCCACCAAGAAAAAAUCCAACAAGAAAAAGAAAAAUUCCUCCACCAAGGGAGAUGAAUUUUUGAACCGCACGCAGGGCAGCAUGACCUACGUGCCCACAGAUUCAAUGCAGAUUCAUUCGUAUGGUCGGAUCCCCCACAGUCAACCACCUAUUGGCAUUUUCCCCCAGAACCAGCCCCUGCUUCCAGGUCAGCCCACAGAAUACUUUCAUCCUAAUCGAGGUCCAGGUUUAGAGCCCUCAUACAGGCCACAGCGCAACCUACAGAUGAACAAAAUGAUGACCACUCGACCCAACUAUACACCCAACAUGAUGGACAAGCCCUACCAACAGCCUUAUAAGCCUCAACCCAGCAUGCCUCAGGGUAACCUGCGACAGCAGCUAGUGGUCAGACUGCAAAGUCAUACCCAGAUGGGGCAGCAGAUAAGGCAGAUGACACCUAACCAGCAGUACCCUCCAAUGCAACCAUCACAGAACAUAUCUCAAGGCUAUACCACAUAUGCGUCACACAUGGGCUUGCAGCAGCAUCCUUCUCAAGGUGGUGGUAUAGCUCCCGCUUAUGUAACCCCAAACUUCCCGGGCACUCAUCCAGGAGCCAGCCCGGCUGUGGUGGAUCCACUGAGACAAAUGCAGCAGAGGCCCAGUGGUUACGUUCACCAGCAGGCUCCGGGAUAUCCACACAAUAUGCAGAACAACCCCAGGUUUCCUCAUCAGCCUCUUCCACAGAGUUCUGUCAUGCAUGGUCUCAGUCACGUGGGUCCCCAGGGGAUGUACCCAGGCCUCAGGCCCAAUCAGAUGCUGACAGAGCAACAACAGCAACAGCAGCAGCAGCAGCAGCAGCAACAACAAGCAGCACAGCAGCAACAGCAGCAGCAUUCAUUCCUCCGACAGCAAGCACUUAGACAGCAAGCUCAAGUUCAGCAGCAGCAGCAGCAGCAGCAGCAGGUUCAGCCUCAGCAGGUUCCUCCUCAACAGCAGGUGCCUCAGCAGCAGCAACAGCAGCAGGUGUCAGCUGUUCCCGCUCCUGGCCAGACGCAAAACCAGGGCCUGGGCAUGCAGCCGCUGCCCCCACAGCAGCCCAUGUUUCCACGGCCAGGGAUGCAGCAGACUCAACAGCAGCAGCAGACCGCGGCGCUGGUCCGACAGCUGCAGCAACAACUUUCAAAUACACAACCAGGACAGGGCACCAAUCCCUAUUACUGAUCGUGCUCGUUUCUAGUUCUGCGGAGGGAAAUAAAUUCUGGGUUUUGCAGGAAAGUCGUGUUCUGUAAAUGAAGUGAUUGAUGCAAACAGGAAAUAAAGACAAAGAAGGACCACCAAACGAUCAUGAUGAACCAAACCCCGGCUACAAGAUUUGAGUUGUAAAAUUUUGAAUUUUCAGGAGAGGGAACCUGAUUUAACAUGUUUAAUGACAGAAAAGCCUAUGUAAAAAAAAAACAAACAAAAAAACAUGAUUGAAAGAAUAAUGCUUUUCUAAUUUUAUUUCAAUUUGUACAAUUUUCUUUUCCAGUUUUGUGUAUUUCUCAUUAAAAAAAAAUCAUGUCA